GUGUCUAUUAAUAUAUAAUCGUGAUACAAUUAUUCUAAAAACCAAAUUAUUAUAGAAGCAAAAUAUUUUUUUAACGCCACCAACUGUGCUAAAUGCAAAUUUAAUCAUCUGACAAAAAAACAUGUUGGUUACAAAAAUGUAGUACAGUGUCAAAUUUUUCUUCGCCAGUUUCGAAACACUUUACAUUAAAAAUUUAAAUGGUCUAUCGCUGGAAUAAAAAAAAAACGUUAAAUGAUGACGCUGCGACGGUGAUUAGAGAGAACCAAUUUUCGAGCCACAGUAGCUUUUAACCCAGAUUAAUGCAAUUUCCAUUCUCUGUUUAUAUCACAAUUAUGAUUAUAUUAUAAUAUUACGAUAUUAUUUAUUUAAUAUAAAAAGAGACUCAGUUUAUCAUUAAUUCAGAUUUUAACAAAUUGAAUUGAUGUAAUCCAUAUGAUCAACUGCUAUUUCCUCAUUUUACUCAUGUCCCCUGAAUUUGCUUCCGUUGAGAACUGUGAAAAUUCAACAGAGAACACAAACUUCUGGCGUUUUGGGAGAAAGUCCGUUUGUAUCGGUCGAUAGGCGACUAAAGCAGGAUGAAGUGGCUACGUGCGAAGCACGAUCGAUGGGCGCGAAGGCUUGAGAUAUUUCAGCGGCGAGUUUCGAUGCGCGAUAAAAGUAUCUAUCUCGAAGACACAUCGGCAAAGUCAAGACGAGAGGAAGAGAGAGAGAGAGAGAGAGGGGGGGGGGGGAGAGAAAAGGAGAUAGGGUGGAAGAGAAAAAGAGAGAAAGCCGCGCGCGGCUGACGCGGCGACGACGAAGAGUAGCCACCCUUUGAAAUUCACGAGCGUACGGAGAACGUGUACUCUCUCUCUCUCUCUCUCUCUUUUUUCUCUAGCGGAACACUUCUUUUUCUUCUUUUUUUCUUCCUCUUCGCGCGUGGACGGACGUGUGGAGAUCCGAUCGAUCGAUCGAAGCGAGCCGCACACUCGAGUUUUCCCUGACCUAAGAAUACACCGACUCGAGUACCGUGGAGGAACCCGGGGUGGAGUGGACUCUAGAAUGGACCAGAGUGGGGAUCGAGCGAGGAGAGAACCCCGCCCCCGUUUAAGAGACGCCGGACAACGAUGACUGCGGAUUUUGUCUCUUCUUUCUUGCUCGCAUUUGCUCGUACUUGCGCCUCACUUGGCACUUUCUUUGUUGCUCGCGUUCCGUGUACCCGAGAAUACCACGAAUAGCAAAAGAGGAGACAAAGAAAGAAAGCAAAAAGUAGGAGGAGAAAGAGAGAGAGAGAGAGAGUUCUUUCUUUUGCUGAAGACAACGGAUGACCGAUUUGGUUUCGGGUUUGUUGUAACGGCACGCCGAUACGCGAGAAUUCGCACGAAAGGGUUAUCGUGCCACGCGAUAAACCUCUCGUGCGGAACGAGCGUCGGAGAUGCAAAUUCGACGUCGAUGUUCGUCGGCGUCGUGGUCGUCGCGUUGCGUGACGCCGAGCGAUUAGAUUAGAACCCGACGACGGCGGUUCGCGGAUUUUCUUUCUUUUUUUUUUUUUCUUUUUGAAGGGGCGGUGCGGUUGACGGAUCAAUUACGUUAUCGUGGAUCGUCAAGUUUCUCUCCCUUGAAAGUUACCGGGCUCGUCGGAGUCUCUCUCAAACGAGCCGAAUGAUGUUCAAUUGACGAAGACCGCGCAGCGCUAGGAAUGGCCCCCUUCAGUUCCGUCUUCCUGGGUGUCUGGGGAGUGUUCGUUGUCAUUUUGAUAAAAGAAUCGACACCCGUUAGCUGGGAGGAAUGGUGGACAUACGACGGUAUUUCUGGUCCUGCCUUCUGGGGUCUCAUCAACCCGGAAUGGUGGCUCUGUAACAAAGGUCGAAGACAAUCACCAGUUAAUCUCGAGCCUACUCAACUGCUUUUCGACCCAAAUUUACAACCGCUUCAUCUGGACAAGCACAGAAUCAACGGCGUACUGGCAAACACCGGUCACAGCGUCGUGUUCGCUGUGGAGAACGACACUCGCCAUCCCGUCAACAUCUCCGGCGGUCCGCUCAGUUAUCGUUAUCAGUUUCACGAGAUUCACCUGCACUUUGGCGCGGACGAUCGAAUCGGCAGUGAACACACAGUCGACGGACACGCAUUCCCUGCCGAGCUUCAGAUAUUCGGCUUCAACUCGCAACUCUACAACAACUUCUCGGACGCCCUGCACAGGGCGCAGGGGAUCGUGGCGGUGUCGCUUCUUUUGCAGGUGGGCGACCUCUCGAACCCGGAGCUGAGAACGUUCACGCAGCAGCUGGAUAAAAUCAAAUACGGAGGGCAGGCCAUGGAAAUUAAACGUUUCGGGGUGCGCGAACUUCUGCCGGACACGAAGCAUUACAUGACGUACGACGGCUCCACCACGAUGCCGGCGUGUCACGAGACCACCACAUGGAUCAUCCUCAACAAGCCUAUAUACAUCACCAAGCAGCAGCUACACGCUUUGAGACAGUUAAUGCAAGGGGACGAAAAGCAGCCAAACGCACCGCUUGCGAAUAACUUCAGACCACCGCAACCCCUUCAUCAUCGUCCCGUUCGGACAAACAUUGAUUUCAAUGUUCAGGGUCCGAAGAAUUGUCCGACGAUGAACAGGGACAUAUAUUACAAAGCCAAUAGCUGGAAAUAAUACCCAGCACUGCCGUGAAGUCGACAUUCGCAGUAACUACGCUUCUCCCCGGAACGAGCUGGAACUUCGCUGUAAGGAAAAAAUUGACAUAUCAAUUACAGGCGGAUGACGCCGGGUCAUACAAAAAAUUACGGCAGAUAGAGCGCGCGAAGAAGACGACCGAUAACGCCCAUGUUAAGGUCGAGAUUAAAAAAAAAAAAAAAUGCUUCGUUGUACUUAUUAGACGUGAAUUGCCAAGUAUGUUUCCAGUUAAAUCAGAAGAAGAAAAACCAAAUAUACCUAUAGAUCACAAGUUAGACGAGAUAAGCUAAUCGUAAGAUCUAUUAUUAUAUAUAUAUCGGUAAACUAUCGAAAAAAAGCUAUGACUAUCGUGGCCUGCGCGAGGGGUUGAGAGAUGCAAUUAUAUGUAUAAAAAUUCACGCGCAACGGAGAGCGCUAUCGCGAGCAAAAGUUUAUACUAUAUUCUUGUAAUAAAAGCUUGAAAAAACGCAGAAAACGA